AAAUCGCUUCAAGUAGUUCGAAGUGGGCGGUUACUCAACAAAGCCCGUAAUAUUUUGGUAUUUAUCUAUUUUGGGAAAAAUAGUGUUCAUAUUAAAGUUAAGAAUAGAUAAUCCCAGUAAAUCAAAGUUAUACAAAAUUACAAUCUCUGUCUAAAGAAACUGCGGAAGUACUGUCGAUCACGUGACAGCAAUAAGGAAGUGUGGUCGUUGGAUUGAACACGGUAAGAUCUGGAGAUCAAACUCACAGUGACAAGAUGUGGAGGGCUGGAGUGGACAUCAAAACUGUUGCUAAUGAUGAUGAUGAUGACUGGGAGACUGACCCAGAUUUUGUGAAUGAUGUCAGUGAGCAAGAACAACGAUGGGGUGCAAAAACUAUUGAGGGGUCGGGUCACCAAGGUUCCAUUGAUUUGAAGCAGCUUAGACAGGAGGUACAAACUGAUGACACCACAUUUAAGAAACAGCAGUAUGAUGCAGGUCCAAAAGCAUCCUAUGGUUAUGGCGGUCAGCAUGGAGUCCAGACCGAUCGAAUGGACAAAGCUGCAGUGGGGCAUGAAUAUACAGCAAGUUUAGCCAAACAUUCCAGCCAAACUGAUGCAUCCAAAGGAUUUGGUGGCAAAUUUGGUGUUCAAGCAGAUAGAAAAGAUAAAGCUGCUGUUGGUUUUGAAUACGAAGGAAAGACUGCUAAACAUGCGUCACAGAAAGAUUAUACAACAGGUUUUGGAGGCAAGUUUGGAGUACAAAAAGAUAGGGUAGACAAGGCUGCUGUUGGCUGGGAUUAUGAAGGCAAAACAGAAAAACAUGAAUCACAGAAAGAUAGUGCAGCAGGUUAUGGAGGAAAGUUUGGUGUACAAACAGAUAGAGUUGACAAAUCAGCACUGGGUUGGGAACACCAGGAAAAACUGGCCAAACACGCCUCACAGAAAGAUUAUGCAACAGGUUUUGGUGGUAAAUAUGGCAUCCAAAAAGACAGGGUUGAUGCAUCGGCUCUGGGUUAUGAGCAUCAAGAGAAACUUGCACAGCAUGCCUCUCAGAAGGAUUAUUCCACUGGAUUUGGGGGUAAAUAUGGAGUCCAGACAGAUAGACAAGAUAAGUCUGCCAAGGGUUUUGAUGAUGUCAGUAAAACAGAAUUGCAUCCAUCGCAAACUGAGGCUAAACAAGGCUAUGGGGGCAAAUUUGGAGUGCAGGCAGACAGAAAAGAUCAGUCUGCUGGAUCCUUUGAAGAUAUGAAAGGACCAACUUCUGGGUAUCAGAAACAGAAAGGAACUGGGAGUUCAGAUGGUGCUAAAAGUCUUAAAGCUAGAUUUGAAAAUCUAGCUAAACAAAAUGAUGAAGAGUCUAGGAAAAGAGCAGAAGAAGAGAGAGCAAGAAGAGAGGCAAGGGAAGCGAGGGAAAGAGAGGAACAAAAGAAAAAAGAGGAGGAAAGGCGAGCAAGAGAACGAGAAGAGGAGGCAAGGAGACGCGAGCAAGAACAACAACAGGAGCCACCAAUGGAAGAGCCAGAAGAAGAGGAAGCCCCAGAACCUGUGUAUGAACCAGAACCUGUCCAGCAACCCAGUUAUGAACCAGAAGAGUCGGAAUACCAAGAGGCAGGGCAGCCCAGCUACGAGCCAGAGCCAGUGUACAACGAGGCUGAAGAAGUACCCCAGAAACGAGAGCCAGAACCUGUCUAUCAGGAAGAAGAGGAAGAAGACAACAAUUACGAAGCACCACCAGACAAUGUGCCAAGUGCAGCUGGGAAGGGUCGCACAGCUGUUGCAUUGUAUGAUUACCAAGCAGCGGAUGAUGAUGAACUAACAUUUGAUCCAGAUGAUAUUAUUACAAAUAUUGAAAUGAUUGAUGAAGGAUGGUGGAAAGGAGAGUUUAAUGGCAAAUCUGGACUUUUUCCAGCAAAUUAUGUGGAACUUCAGGAAUAAAAAAAUAUACAUUUUGUAAAUAAUAUUUUAAGGGAAACCACUUUAUUCCAUUGCUGAUCAAACUGGACAGAUAUGCUGUGUAUUAUUACAAAGCAACAAAUGGAAACAAUUACAGCAGCCAACCAUUUUUAUAAAUUUCAAAAAGCUACUCAAUCCAAGUAACUGUAGAGGUAAAUUAGAAUUGAACUUUACAGAUUAACUGCUUUACCAGCUAAGAUAAAAUAUUUUCAUUUACAGAUUAUUGUAUCGUUACAUAUUUAUAUAAAUUAUGCUUCCAAAUUCCAUAUGCUCAGUGAAGUGUUAAUUAAUAUAUAGUAAUAUGCUUAUAUUAAACAGAAAUAGUUGGUUCAUUUCUUUUCUGGGUCACUCAUCAUGCCUUAGAUUUGAAUUGGACGUGAAAUUGGAUUUUUAAACUCGAUGCAUUCCCAUUUGCAGUAUUUACAAUAUUUUGUACAGUUAUUUCUAUGGUAAUUGUCAUUUCAAAGCAAGUGCCUCAGGCAAAUAUAAUACUUUUGAGGCACAGAGCUUAUGAGAAUGGAUUGUUUUUCCCACCAUUUAUGCAAGAAUUUACAUCUCUAAAUGACGAAAUAAUGAUAGCACACUGUUGCAACAGCCGGUGUAUAAAAUAGUUUUCAUAAUCAUGAUUUACUAAGCUAUAAAUGUAGCCAGUGGUUUCAUGACAAAUAUUGUGUGCUACUAAUUGGUAGAGAUGAAUAUUUGACUACUGCAACUAAUAUUACCUGAGGUUGUGUGUAGUUAAAAUUUUUAAAGAAGAUUAAUGGGCAAAAUAUCAACAAAACUGGUAUUGGUUCUUCCAUUUUGUGAAGAAGUUUAAUAUUAGAAUUGAAAUCUGUAUACUUGGGAAAAACAAUGAAAUAAAUCCAAACAUUUGUACAUGAAUUAAAACUUGGAUGGAUUUGUUUUUCACUUCAAUAAUUUGAUGGUCCUGGACGUUCAACAAUAAUAUUCAUUGUUAUUUGUUAUACCAAGGAGGUACUUAUGUUGAAUAUAACAUCUUUUACUACUGGUUGCAAAUAAAUUGAUGCUACUUACUAAUAGUUGUACGAAUGAAGUUCCAAGUAUCCCGACUUGAAAACUUUUCCAUUAAUCUCUAUGGUGUAAAUCAUGGGCCUUAAAUGUAAAUUGAGAUUGGUAGUGGUCACUUUAAGUUUCCAACAGCAAUUUAUGGAAAAAAUUUUGGGUAGCUGUAUUCAUCUGAAUUUCUAAACAUGAAAAGGAAGUUUUUCUUCAAAUUGGCUGCAGUAAUGAUUUUUAUUGUGACAUUUAUCAUGUGCUUACCAGUAUUGCAAACCUUUUGCUUGAUUGUUUCACACAUAACAUAGCCAUUGUGAGGAUAAAGGUAUAAGUAAAAGUUUCACAAGUUAUGCUUUUGUAAUACCCUGCCCCAAUGAUGCAGUUUUACUGAAGAUGAAUGUGCAAAAAAUAUGGUUCUGUGGUCUCAUGACCUUUUUAUGUGGUCCUAAAAUCACAUUAUAAUUUUGAUGUCACGAAAGUACAUUACUUACAUUUAUAUCACAAAUAUUCCCUGAAUACAAAAUUAAUUUGCCAAGAUAAUCUAUUGAGCAAGGUAUUUGCAAGACUUUUGGGUGGUGAACAAGGAUGCAAAAUUAUAUUGAAAUGAUGUAACCUGUUUUUAACCUGGCACUAGUCUCCAAUUCCAUGUCUGAGUUGACUUGCAAAUAACAUGGCUGCAAAUUUAUUUUGCUGCAAUAUGGUUAUUAAUAAUGAAAAAUCAGUUUGAUGUGGGCAGACUUUGUGAUUGAUAUUUGCAACCAACAGAUGUGUAAAGCUGCAUAU